CCGUGAUGCUUGUGAGUCUCCUGCGCCGCGGUUGUGUUUAAUUGAUGUUUUGUACGAAGUUUGAUGGCUGUGGAUCUAUGAGAGUCUCUCCUGCCAGCAGAAACAACCGGCGUCGCUGCUCAUUAAUCUGAUUCGGCAUGUCUCAGGACAGUCAGCAUGGCAAGUGGACCAUCUCCAGCAGUGAUGACGAUGAUGAGGCUCUUCCCCCUUCCGGGACUGCAAAAUCUGAGUGCCGUCGAACCACCGAGUCCAAUCACAGCUCCCACAGGUCUGCCACUCCGUCGCCACCCGUGGAGGUGAAACCAGAGCCGGCCAAACCCCCCGUGUCCUCGCUUGCUGUCGGCUCCGAAGCCAGGCAGUCAGCUGCUAAGAACCAGUUAAAUCCGGUGAAGUAUGAAACCAGCCCUUCGCUGGCUGGAAAGCGGAAGAAAGUGGUGUUAGAUAGCACAGGCUGGGCUCUCUCUGAGAGCGAUGAAGAUGAUGGAGAGGUGAAGGCAAAGAGUCUGAGUGACGUGCCAAAGAAGGCGCCUCCGAGUCCCAAAACAAAGAAACCCAAGGUGGAGAAUGAGCGUCCUCCAAGUCCUCACGGCCGACUUUACUACAUCGAUGAGCCAGAUGACUUCUUUGAGUCCCGUAUUCCUCCUCUAAAUGACACCUACAGUUUUUACCUCAACAAAGUCACAGGACUGAACAAAGAGUACAACAGUGGAGCGCUGCACAUCAGGGACAUUCUUUCUCCAUUAUUUGGCACCCUGAAAGAAUCUGUUCAGUUUAACUACUGCUUUGAUAUUGGCUGGAUGGUGAAGCAGUACCCAUCAGAGUUUAGGGAUCGCCCAGUUCUGAUCGUCCAUGGUGAUAAGAGGGAGGCCAAAGCUCGGCUCAUCCAGCAGGCUCAGCCCUUCCCACAUGUGCGCUUCUGCCAGGCCAAGCUGGAUAUUGCUUUUGGAACUCACCACACGAAAAUGAUGUUGCUGUGGUAUGAGGAAGGAUUCAGGGUCAUCAUUUUGACCUCUAAUCUCAUCAGAGCUGAUUGGUACCAGAAAACACAAGGGAUGUGGAUGAGCCCUCUGUUUCCUCGGUUACCAAAGGGAAGCAGUCCGAGCGCAGGUGAGUCGCCCACCUUCUUUAAGAGAGACCUGCUGGAGUAUCUGGGCUCGUACCGAGCGCCAGAACUUGAAGAGUGGAUCCAGAGAAUCAAAGAGCACGACCUGUCAGAGACGAGGGUGUAUUUAGUCGCCUCAACACCAGGCAGAUACGUAGGUUCAGAAAUGGAGCGCUGGGGCCACCUGAGACUGAGGAAGCUGCUGUAUGAACACACAGACCCUAUUCCUGGCGAGGAAAGGUGGCCCGUGAUUGGCCAAUUCUCCAGCAUCGGCUCUAUGGGAUUGGAUAAAUCCAAAUGGUUGGCAGGGGAAUUUCAGCGCACCCUGACCACGCUAGGAAAAUCCUCUCUUCGCCCAGACGCUCCUAUGCACUUGCUGUAUCCAUCAGUCGAAGAUGUGAGGAUGAGUUUAGAGGGAUAUCCAGCUGGAGGCUCUCUUCCCUACAGUAUCCAGACAGCUCAGAAACAACUUUGGCUCCACUCUUACUUCCACUGCUGGAAUGCAGAUGCUACAGGGAGGAGUCACGCUAUGCCACAUAUCAAGACAUAUAUGAGAACAUCUCCAGAUUUCUCUCAGCUUGCCUGGUUCCUUGUCACAAGUGCCAAUCUGUCCAAGGCAGCGUGGGGUGCGCUGGAGAAGAACAACACUCAGAUGAUGAUCCGCUCGUACGAGCUGGGAGUCCUCUACGUGCCGUCGGCCUUUAACAUGAAGAUAUUCCCCAUUGACAAUCCAUUUCCGGUCUCCUCGUCCUCCUCAGGUUUCCCUGUGCCAUUUGAUCUCCCCCCUACAUCCUACACUGCUAAAGAUCAGCCUUGGAUCUGGAACAUUCCUUACAGCCAGGCUCCUGACACGCACGGCAACAUCUGGGUUCCCCUCUGAUCAUGUGCACACACACAUUUCAUUUUGUCUGUACCUGUCAGUACUGUGUCUAGCUGUUAGUGGUCAGUAGUUUUUUUUUUUCCUAAAUAUUUUAUACUGUACUGUAGACUCACAUGAU